AUGGAUAUUUUUUCAUCUAAAUUUUCUGCCAUUUCGAGUUUUGUUCAGCAGACGCAUGAACCACCGAAAUUGAAAACUACUUUGAAAACGCCUCCCAAGCAAGCAACCAAUCCUUUACAAUUCGUCAAGGUCGGACCAUGUUCGCUAUAUCGAACCGCGCAAGAGCAACUGCAAAAAGUUCAGGAAGUAAAGAAGAUCAAACAGGAAGUUCGCGAUGAUCCCGAAGAUUGGCAAUCGAAUUUAGAUAACUGGAAGAGUAGCCGGAGGAAGCGGCAGGAACAUAUAAUCGAGCGAGUGGUAGAGGUGAAGAAACUCGAAUUGGAGGAACACGAUCGUCAGCGUCGUCGGAACAAAACGUUUUCGGAAAUGAUGGAGGAACGCGGUAACAGAGGUCGCAAAUUGAGUAUCAGUUUGGCUAUGUACAACGACGAGGAUGCGAACGAUCUCAGUGACCUUGGAAUCGGUACCAGCAGCGGCAAGAGCUCGGUCAGCGGCGAUACGCAUGACGACACGCACAGUGUUCUGAGUGACAGGGACAGUGAGAUCGAGAAAAGCCAUUCGGACGUGGACAACGUUACCGAUGUAAUUUCAUCCACGAUGACAAUUACUACAACGCUGCCGACAACAAUGACGACACUCGCGACCACAUCAGAAUGCAACAGCGACAACAGCGCAAUAGCGACAACAAUAGCGAUGACGAUGGCGGAAACUACCGCGGCGAUGCCGACGGCAACUACGACAAUAACGACGUCCACCCCGACGAGGAAAAUAUUCAGUGGUUUUCACGACAGUCACAGUCAUAAUCAGGAGUACGAUUCCGCUACUACCGCAACGAUGAGCUCACCUGAACCGGAAGAAUACACGUAUGAAGGCGCCAUUCGCGGUUACGUCUCGAGGGUAUCGCAAAAUAUACCAAGAAGGUCUUUAACCGGGAUCGAUUCCAAGCUAGAGGCGACCAAGUCGUCGAUGAACGGUUCCAAGACGAACUUGAAUGACGACAGCAGUAAGUCGCCUCUAUCGGUGGUAAAGGUGGAUAUACUCAAAAGACGCGAAGUGUUCGAGAAGGCGUCACAGAAGAGUAGCGACAGCAAGACAAACAACAGGUUAUCCGGUGACUUUACCGGCACGAAAUCGAUCAAAGAGAGGCUGUCGAGUCUUGAGAGGCAAAAGUACGAGACUGAGAACGGCGAUAAAACUACCAGCAAGUCGCUUAAUCGCUUAUCCGGUGACAUGAGUUCGAUCCGGGAGAGGCUCACCCAUUUGGAGAAACAAGCUUCGGAGCGAGAGAACAAAAGUUCCGUUCACCGCAAGCUUAGCACGGAAGAUCUGGAGACGGUGAGGCCUCUUAGGGAAAGUCUAUCUACUCUAGAAAACUACAGUAGCAGCGAUGAGUCCUCGGUACCGACCACGACGAACGAGUCGCGCUCGCGCAAUGGCGAGCUAACCGCCAGGACGAUCAAGGAUCGCUUCAGUGCAUUCAAUGACGUCGGUAGAAACAAGGACGCGGCAGAUAAACGUGGACCCACGCAUGUCAGUAAACAUCCACUCUGUUUUCGAGAUCAGGAGAACAGGGUUGAUACGUCAACGCCCAGCGAGAGGAGUUCGUCGCCCGAUUCGGAGUACCGUGUACCUCGUGCCGUCUUCCAUAGGAGCUUGGAUUCCCUGGACGCCGACGCUUCUAGUGGACCUGACACCUUCGAGCGCGUGCAGAGCCUCGAGGAGCUCGACUACGGGCGGCGAUAUCCCGCCUCGUCAUCGUCCGCAGAACUCCUGAACGAUACGGACCGUGAGGACUCGGGUAUUCACACCGCGGAUGUGAGCUGCUCCGUCAGCCAGGCGGACGAACCGAUCGACGAGGAGAUCGCGCAUCAUACCGGCGGCGCAAUCGUCGAACCAAGACGAGAAGUCAUCGUUGAAGAGAGGGCCAAGCUACUUCCAUCUGUUACUUCCAUUAUCCAGGAGGACGCGUCGACGCCAAACAUGACUGUCGAAGCGCCGAACGAUACCACGACGGCCACUCACUUGCAGUUUACCAGUCCCCGGGAGGCAGUAGCGGUGAACAAGGGUACUGCUGACAGCUCUGGAAAACUAUCGACUAACAAAUCACAGCCGCACGUAGAGACCACUACUAAUCCUAAUACAUCUCGCUCGUAUACCUCGGUGUUUCGCGCGGCCACUCAUCCGAUUUCCAAGGUACCUUCGCGAGAAAUAACUUCCGAAAGCUUCUCGAAAUCGCAGACGUUCGGCAAAGACGCGGCCGAGCUCAAGACAGAUUCCGAACCGAGUCUCAACGAGUCUAUAGUAUCAGCCAGUUUGAAACUCUCCAUUGAGCAAGCGAUACCGAAAUUCGUUGGCCAAAUGAAGCGGCAGAACCUUGUCAAGGAACACUCUUCCUCCGACACUCUUCCGUCUCCGCCAUCCUCGGAUGUCAUUCUUAGCGCGGAAACUUACCAAUUAUCCUUCCCCUUCGUCAAAACGAUGACGACUUCAAUUGGUCCCCUCCUCGAAACCAAUCCUCCGUUUUCCAAACCUACGUCUUCCCGAACGAUAUCUAAGAUUCCCACUCCCCUUUCUCGCAAAAUUGUCAAGUCCUCACCUUCCGACUCUGUCUUGAUCUCGUCCGCUCUCAAAACUUUGCCUUCGAAGGAGUCCAGCGCGAGUAACAAGUCUUCGACAAGUCAGACUUCCAGCCCGAUUCGGAGAAUGUCCGAAACAGCUCUUCCUAUUUGCGCGACCAUCGUCGAAUCUUCCUCUUCUCCGAGCCCAGCGGAACAAUUUGUACUUCCCUCCUCUCCUUCGUCGAGACUCAUCUCAGGAAACACGCGACACCACGAAGAGACGCUAUUGCCUGCGGAACGACGUCGAACCGUGGUGGAAGUUUGCGAAAAGGUGGUAGUACCUCAGGGCAAGACUCCUACGACGCCGCCAGUGACGCCGUUCAUCACGGUGAACCGCUUGAUAAACGCGGACAAGCAGGGUUCUGUGACCGAGGAACGGAUCGUUAUCGAGAAAACGGACCAAGAGGAGGCAGCUGCGAACCGCCUAGUGGCUUCAGUAGUCGAACACGAGCAGCACGAAACGACGGAGAUGUCGACCAGUGUCGAGAUGUCUGCCACUACCAUCAGUACUAACAUCGUCACUACGAAAAAGUGCACCGUCAAUAGUGAUGUGCAUGACCCGUCUAUUGCUUCAAUUGUCAAGUCGACAGUCGAUCGUCCACUGGAGCGAUCGGCGAAUCUGAGUUUGACAAAACAAGAAAUUGGUCUGGUCGACACGUUGCGUAUCCCGAAUCCAGCUUCGCCGAUUUCCAAACAAAUUCUGCCACUUACUUUAUCUAAUGACGAGGAGAUAACUGCUGAUCAAUCUUUUCUUCUGAAUCCACCAACGAGUGUGGAGCCACCAAAAGAAAAGCCACCACCACCUCCGGUAGACGACGAUGAGAAUCCUUCGCCAGAGCCGCUCAAAAGAUUAAACUCUACUCGCAGAAUAAAGAAAGAGUUACGCACAAGGCGGUCGGAUUUUCUCGGUAUUGAAGGGCAGGUCAACGACGACGAUCUCGAGUCUGAGUUGACGUUGACGAAACCACCUGACAUGGCAGCGAUUCUUGCUGAGGAGAGACGCAUAGAGCAACUUCAUCGUCGUUCCUACGACACUGACAGUAACUACGAGCAAGAUUCGAGCCACGAAAGAGACUCUGGAGUCGAGUUGGGCCACGUCGAGGACUGGACGAAGCAACCCGUUAGCCCUGACAUGUCGCAGCACAGCAGACAGAGCAGCGAGCCUUUCGGCGCCAGCGUGACCUCUUCCGAAGAGGACGAGAUCACGAAAAAGGAGCGAGAGAUCAUGGAGGUUCUUGAGAAAGAGGAACAGUGGCGAUACGGCGAUAUUCGCGAGUAUAACAGUGACUUAGGGGAAAGGCUGGCUCACAAAUUGCGCGAACUCGAGGAAGAGAAGAUGCAACUGGAGAGAGAGGCGAUACUGCGCUGCAACGAGGACGCGUUUCGCAAGAAGGACGAUAACACACGCAAGCAGGAAGAUGCUUCCUCACAUGAGCAACAGCAACAGCAACACGAUGAGACAGCUAAACAGCGGGAGACCCAAGCGCGAACGAAGGAGGAGGUGAAGGAGGAGGAAGCAAAGUACGUCGGGGACAAGCGAAAGGACGGGGAACUCAAGAUGCAGUCGGAACAGCUGAGAAUGCAGAACGAGAUUGAAGAGAAAGAACGAAGAGUCGUCGAUGCGUGUCGCAAGGAAGAAUUGCGCAUCCGAACGAUGGAAAGUCAAAUUCGCGAGCAAGAGAACAAAGCAUUGGUCGGUGCUGGGUUGCGCAACAACGAAGAUGAAUUCCCUUCUGGGGAAGUGCUGCGAGUAGAAAGAGAACUUCUGCAAUUGGAACAGGAAGAAUUAAAAAGACAACGAAAUAAUUUGGCUUAUCGUGAGCAAAAACAACUUAGAUUAGCGGAGCAGUUACAGGAACAGUGGAAAUCCUUGCAAGACGUUGCGCAGAAUUCUGUUCAGAAGAAUACGCAACAAUACAAAUAUCAUACGCCUACAGUGAAUUAUAGAUCUUCGAUGCCAAAUUUACAGUUUCAAGACCUGCCGAGAAGAAGACCACCGCCGCCGCCGAUUCCGCUUACUAAACCACGUAUAUUAGAUCAAAGACAAAGAGAUGUUACUAUCAGAAACAGCCGUAUACCGUCCGCGGACUCGAUCCCCCAACAAGUAGACGCAUCGAUUCGAGAGAACGCAUCGGCAACGAUGCUCGCGAAUCACGCUGGUCAGCAAAUGUCCAGACAAACCUUACAGGCGUUAAGCGCAGUACCGCGACCACGAAUUGUCCAAGGUGAUCAAUGGGUUCAGCGGAGGAAAAGUGACGUGCCGAGAGGCGCUCACGAUGUAAAUUAUCAACAUUGGCUCAUUCAAGAGGCAGAACAAAGGAGGAUUAAUGAGAGAAAUCAACGAUCGCCGGCGCGGAAAUCUCAACCGCACGUAACUGGCACCUCCGUACCAUAUAAUGCUCCAACUCGAACGGAUAGCAAACCGCUACCUGAUUCUAUUAUACAAACUCUAACGCAAAGAGUACAGAAUAAAACGCAAGAGAAACCUCUUUCGACUAGAAAAAGGUAUAUUUAAUUAA